AUGACUGAGCCAGCAGCUCAUAAAGAGGACAAGCGUCGGGAGCCACCAGAGAAAAACGCAGCAGCAGCAGCUGCAAAAUGGACUGAGAGGAAGGCAGUUGUAGCGGUGGAAGUCAAAGAAAUGACAAAGCCAGCAGCUCAUAAAGACAACGAGCUUCUGGAGCCACUAGAGAAAAUUGUUGCAGCAGCUACAAAAUGGACUAAGAAGAAAGCAGUUGCAGCGGUGGAGGUUGAAGAAAUGACAGAGCAAGCAGCUUGUAAAGAGGACGAGCUUCUGAAGCCACCAAACAAAAAUGCAGGAGUAGUUGCAAAAUGGGUAAGUCUUCUAUCAAUGGGCACUAGGAAACUUAGUUUCAAAUGCUUCUAUAACACGAACAAUCGUGCAGUUAUGCAGUGA